CCGCGUCCGACAAAAACGGUGAGUGCUUCACCGUUUUAAAUUAAAACGGUGAACCCUUCACCGUGUUUAAUUAAAACGGUGAGUACUUCACCGUUUUAAAUUAAAACGGUGAAGGGUUCACCGUUUUAAUUUAAAACGGUGAAGAACUCACCGUUUUUGUUGGACGCGGUGAUGACCUUCACCGUUUUAGACAAAAACGGUGAAGCUCAAACAUGUGUAGUUUUGGAAUUUUUUUUAUAACUACUGUAUUUUGGGAAUUUUUUUUAAAAACUAGUGUACUUUGGGAUUUUUUCCCUGAAAUAGCAUUGAUUAAAGUGACAAAAAAAAGUUUUAGUUUGUAUCUUUAAAAAAAAGUUUCAAUUGUCUUCUUCCUAUAAACCCUUCUCCUUUCAUCUCUCUGCUUUAAUCGUCUCCAUCAGCGAACAACAAAAAUCGACUAUUCCUUUCUUCUUCCCAGAAAUCCUUCUCCUCUCAUCUCUAUCGUCUUCUUUCUAUCGUCAAAAACCACUGGGCUGGAGAAGCUCCUUCUAAGGCAGUUGCGGGUCUUAAAUAUGUUCUCAAUCAAAGGAGGAGAGAAUUACCAGGGGUCGCCACCGGAUCUGAGUUUCGCCACUGGGCGCGAGUCGAAUAUGUAUCCGGAUCAAAUCUCACUGCAUGCUCCUCCUCUUGUACGAAUUUGGUACCUAUCCAUCGACAUGGAAGAAGAAACACAGAGCAAAAGCAUCAAGGAAGACCCCAGGUCGAUUUUGCCUGCAGUGCUACUCGGUUCCCAGACGUAUGCCAGUCUUCCCAGGUCGAUUUUGCUGUAUCUCUCCAGAAAUCCCCGACUUCGAUCGACCUGUUGGCUAUCGCUUUGAUUCGGCCUCGAUGUGUCGAAAGUCGUUGCUUCCCCUGUUGGCUACCGCUUUGAACUUCCCAUGUUGGUUUCCUUUUUCAAUCUCUCAAUUGACCCGAUAUUGGGGGAUGUAAACACGCAGGAAAUUGGGAAGGUCGAAUAAGUUGCUUCAUUGCAUCCCCAAUCGUCGUCGGCCAGUUUCCUGAGAUUUGGAUGCGACGCAAGGGAUUUGGUGGAAGCUUGUUGGAAAUCAUUUGGGGGUGUGUAGGAAAACCCCCCAAAAUUGAAUUUGGAGAGAAGAGGUGAGCAGAAGCAAAUCGGGGAAAGCAUGAACUUCAAUCGGCAGCAGUAGGAAAACGCAAAAGUUUUGGCUAUACAAGUGUAUUUUGCCAAAUAAAAAUCAAGCAUCAAUCUCACCAUACAAACUAUCCAUACAUAAAAACAUCAUUAUAAAAAUAACAUUCUAGAAAAUUCAAACAAAUCACGCACUAUCCAUACAAAUUGUACAAUACCAAUCUAUAAAAUUCAUGAAAGUCACAAAUUAUCCAUAAACAACAUGAUUAAUUGAAAGUUUCCUCCUCCUUGAGAACUUGAACAUUGUCAUCUUAGCUUCACUCUCCGCUCCAUAACCUCAACUUCAUUAUACACAAUUAAGUAGACCAAAAUUAGACAUGUCUCCACAAUCAUAAGAAAGAUGAGUUGCUUGAAGAAGAUAUACUACUCAGAGUAUUAAAUAUACUGGUCAUCAUUAAUGGUGGCAUAAAUGAUGAUCCUAUUGAUUGUUUCGAAGCCAUCUACAAAUAGAAUAGCAAGUUAGCAAAAAGUAGUAGCCAACAAUAUCAUAACUCAUAAAGUUUUUUAUGUGAAAAUUGAUUUAUGGGUGUGGGCGGAUAUCCAUGGGUUGAGUAUUCCUAAACCCAAUCCAACCCAUCACGAUGAAUUAUAGAUGGAUUUAAACCCGAAUCAGCCCAAAACCCGUCAAUAUUAAUAAUAAUAAUUUUUCAAUUAAAUAAAAACAAAAUUAAAAUAUUAAAAAAAUAAUUUUCCAAUUAAAUAAAAACAAAUUCACAAAAAAGUAAAACAAAAAAGGAUUCGCAUCUGCCCACUCCUCUCGUUGUAUACCAAUCCCUUGCCCCAGCUCCUCAUCAGUUAAGUGAGGUUGAUACUUCGGCGGCGUGAUGAGAUCCGGAUCAAGGUGCUGCGAAAAUCACAUCUACACUCGUAUUGAACGCCAAAACCAAAGCCAUCGUCUCGUUCCCGAUUCGGCGCCAUCCCCAUGUAAUUAACGGCUACUUUGCAUCGUGGAUUUAAAAAAUAAGAUUUUGGUAUAAUUUAAGUUUUGUAAAAUCAUGGAUGUAUGAGGGGUUUGGCCUCAUUAUGAAUUUGGAAAAUAUCAUUGUUUGUUUCAUGGAUUUCAUGAUGAAUUUUAGUAAUUAAAUUUGUUUGUAUGAAGUGAAACUUACAUUUAUUACCCUCAAUGAUAUAAGAAAAGAAAGAAAAUAUGAGGGGUAGCUUGGUAAAAAAUGAUGGACUUCAAAAUCCAUUAUCAAUACCCACCUAAAGAGGUGGGAUUUUCAAGUCCGUGGGCCCCACGGAUUUGGACCCUCAAAUUCCAUGGAUCCCACGGAUUUGUUACCUCUAAAUACUUGAAGCAAACAAUGAAUUUUGGACAAAGUCCAUUAUGGAUUCAAAUCCAUCACCAAGUCCAUCAAAUUAAUCAAGCAAACAAGCCCUAAAAGGAUUUGGCGAGUUUAGGUGGAAAUCAGAACCUAAAACUCCGACUGUGUUCCCCGCGUAGUAUGUCUGUAUCAGAUAUACGUUAAUUGGGGGUUUAUUUGUUAAUUGGACGUUUUAUGUUAUGUCGGAUAUUUCGGGAACUAUUGGGGUUAAGCAAUAACAACAGAAUCAUUCU